GAUCCUGGGAGAGUUCCAGCCAGGGGCUCGCGGAAGGAUCCAGCACGCAGGCGCUGCGGUUCCAGCCAGGCUGACGCCGACGUGGUGGCGCUCGCUCUCUCCGGCUCGUGAAGCCUCACAAACACGCUCUACUACACGCACACACCUUCUUCCCCUGCUCUGCCUGUCCUGAGCAAGAACUUACCGUAUAGUCUCUACCACCUCCGCACCGUACGCGACCGGCACCGAUGCACUUGUCACGGCAGAGAUGAUUGAAACCCGAGCUGUACCGCUGGCUGCGUGAGGGCCCACUCCCCCCCCGCCCCCCCUCCCCAGAUUGGGACACGCUCUCAGCCAGAGCGGCCACAUCUCUCUGUGUGCCAACGCACCGCGGGGACGACAACCAGAUCAAGAGGAAGAAAGGGACAGAGAUUCUUCGGUGUUGGCCCGUGUCCAACCCUCUCUCCGCUCGCUCCCUCGCUCGCUUUCCGUGGAAGCAGUGUUUGCACACGCUCGUCAGGUGACCUCGUCCUCUGUCUGCGUCGCUACGACAACAGGCCACCGCUUCCCCCCGUAGCCUCUCCAUCCCGUCCACGCCACCGGCACCGACGGGAAGAAGAAGCGGCGAUGAUGACCACCACCGCCAUCACCUCGCUGUUCUCCUUCACCAGCCCGGCGGUGAAGCGGCUGCUGGGCUGGAAGCAGGGCGACGAGGAGGAGAAGUGGGCGGAGAAGGCGGUGGACUCGCUGGUCAAGAAGCUCAAGAAGAAGAAGGGCGCCAUGGAGGAGUUGGAGAGGGCGCUGAGCUGCCCUGGACAGCCCAGUAAGUGCGUGACCAUCCCCCGCUCGCUGGACGGCCGGCUUCAGGUGUCCCACAGGAAGGGCCUGCCCCACGUCAUCUACUGCCGCGUGUGGCGCUGGCCCGACCUGCAGUCGCACCACGAGCUCAAGGCCCUGGACUGCUGCGAGUUCCCCUUCGGCUCCAAGCAGAAGGACAUCUGCAUCAACCCCUACCACUACCGCCGCGUGGAGACACCAGUGCUGCCCCCGGUGUUGGUGCCGCGUCACAGCGAGUUCAACCCCCAGCACAGCCUGCUGGCCAAGUUCCGCAACGCCUCCCUGCACAGCGAGCCGCUGAUGCCCCAGAACGCCACCUACCCGGACUCCUUCCCACCGCUACCCUGCUCCGCCUCCUUCUCCUCCACCUCCCCGCCCUCCUCCCUCACCCAGUCCCCGGCCUCCCAGAGCUACCCCAGCUCCCCCGGCAGCGCGGCCGAGCCCGGCUCCCCCUUCCACGUCACACACACAGCGGAGACCCCCCCCCCGCCCUACAGCAUGAUGGAGACCACUCCUCAAGAAGACGUAAAGCCCAGCAACGCCCCGCACACACACAAACUCAUCCUCUCCACCCCCGACCGAGAGCUGCGGCCGGUGUGCUACGAGGAGCCCGAGUACUGGUGCUCCAUCGCGUACUACGAGCUCAACAACCGCGUGGGCGAGACGUUCCACGCCUCGUCACGAAGCGUCCUAGUGGACGGCUUCACCGACCCCUCCAACAACAAGAACCGCUUCUGCCUGGGCCUGCUGUCCAACGUCAACCGGAACUCCACCAUCGAGCACACGCGCCGGCACAUAGGCAAAGGUUUGCACCUGUACUACGUCGGCGGGGAGGUGUACGCAGAGUGCCUGAGUGACAGCAGCAUCUUCGUCCAGAGCCGCAACUGCAACUUCCAGCACGGCUUCCACGCCACCACGGUGUGCAAGAUCCCCAGCGGCUGCAGCCUGAAGAUCUUCAACAACCAGCUGUUCGCCCAGCUGCUCUCGCAGUCCGUCAACCACGGCUUCGAGGUGGUGUACGAGCUCACCAAGAUGUGCACCAUACGCAUGAGCUUCGUCAAGGGCUGGGGUGCAGAAUACCACCGCCAGGACGUCACUAGCACCCCCUGCUGGAUUGAAGUGCACCUGCACGGCCCCCUGCAAUGGCUUGAUAAGGUCCUGACUCAGAUGGGCUCCCCUCAUAACCCCAUAUCUUCCGUGUCAUAACACACCAACACACUCUUCUCUAUUGCUCUCAUACACACAGGUAAACACACACGUUAGAUGUGUCUGAAAUGGCUUCAUGGUUUUUGGUUAACCAGUGUCCCAGUACCAAUAUCAAAAUUGGUAUCGAUUGUAGGGCAUUUGAAAUAUCCAAUGAACACCUGUGCUCCCUAGUUAAAGGUGAAUAGUGAACAUUGGUGCUUCAGGUCAGACGUAUGAAAGUGUUAGUAAAAGAGACAAGGUUUGAUAUGCAAAUGUGACGUGUAUCUUAGUACUACUAUUCCAUUCUGAAUGGGCCGCUUCUCUCAUUUCACAGUAGGACUGUUCUUUCAUUUCAACAGCAGUAGGUUACAGUGUGUGUCUGCUUCUUCUCGUUUGCUCUCGUUUGUACCGAAUGCACUCCGAGACAAUGAAAUGGGAAUCAUGUUGGUACGAGGUCUGUUCAACUGUUUGUAUGUGAACUUGUGUAUUAUAUACUAUUUGAAUAUGUAUAAAAUAUAUGAACCGA